UUUGCUCCUGAGGAUGAUGACAGUAAUUUUGGUGAUUCUCAUCAUAAUGCCAGGACUGGUGAGUGCUGGUAGGUCAGUGACGUUUGAAAAUCCUAAUCCGUGUGCAUUGAGGGGGUCGUCAGUGGAGUUUGGCUGCUCGUACGAUUACCCAGAUGGGGAAACUGUUCACAAGACCACAUGGUCCAAAGGGGGAUUGAAAGAUGGCAGAUGGAUACGUACCAACCUCUCGAGCCUUCCCUCAUAUGGAAAUCGUGUGGAAUACCUCGGUGACCGACAGCACAACUGCAGCCUGGUGAUUUCUGACCUGCAGGACAACGACACUGGAUAUUACUACUUCAGGUUUGAUACCAACAGAUAUGGAUGGCGCAGUAAAGGAUCGGUGUACCUGUCUUUAGCAGGGCUGACAGCCAGUGUGUACCCCGAUAGCGUGACUGCUGGAGAGAAAGUGACUCUACAAUGCAGCACAACCUUGCAACUGCUAAGGCCUCCCAACAUAGUCUGGUUCAGAGAUGGACAACGUGUGGCCAAACCCGAGUUCCAGGCCAGGGCAGAGGAUGCUGGGAACUAUUCAUGUGCCUUUCGAGGACAUGAGUCAGUGACAUCAGACCCUGUGGCUCUGAAUGUUUUGUAUGCUCCAGUGAAGGUGCUGGUGGAGGUCAGUCAUGAUGACAACCUGGCAGAGGGCAGCAGUGUGAACCUGACCUGCAGCAGUGUUGCUAACCCAGCAGCAGACAGCUACACCUGGUACAGGAGGACGGGCUCCCCCAACAGCUCCCUGGAGCUGGUCGGGUCAGGACAGGUGCUGUCUCUUCCCUCUAUGGAGCCGUCCCACACUGGACACUACCUCUGUCGGGCCAGGAACCCACUGGGGGAAGAGAGCUCAGCUGAGCUGCUGCUGGAGAUGGACGAAACAAUAUCUCAUUCUUUAAUCCUCCGUGUUGGAUUUGCAGUCAAGACUGCAGUUUUGCUCAUGCUUCCCUUGGUUCUGGUCUGGGUCUGGAAGCGGAGAUCUGCUGCAGAAGAUUAGGAGGACAGUGCAAUUUAUGAAAACGUCAGUGAGAACAGAUCUGAUAGAAAUGCUGUCAUCACCUCAGCUGGUCAGGACACCAGAGUUAUAGAAAAGGAAAUUACUGUCUGAUGAAACUGAGAAGCGUGACGACACUCUGUUGCACUAAAAAACAACCACACAAAAGACAUCAACCUACCACACGAGAAUGUCUGCAGCAUGACUGUCAUUUCUACUAUGGACAAGGGGGACAUGCCACCCUGCAGGGGUGGGCAGCGACCAGUUACAAGUAACGUAAAUGAGGAUAAGUUUUGAGGAUCGAGUUUGAGGAUCAACCCUGUCUCAUGGUGGUUUGUGCAGUGGUCACCAAAUUUAAUCCACAGAUUUGUGUCCCUGGUCACUGGACAUUUUUUUUUUUUGCACACACGGACACAAAUUUAAAUCAUGUCCUUCAACGAAUUCUCUUUUUUGUGCAUAUGCAUACAAACUUAAUUUGUAUCAUGAACACGAUUCUUCCUGUUGCCACCUCCACAAGUAGCUAAACUCUGGUAACUUUAGCAACUUUUAAUGAGAACAAGACAUCAAGAGCAGAUCAGCCCAGUCUCAGCUAACCUGCACCAGCUACCUGUGUCUUUUAGGGUUGAUUUUAAAGUUCUUCUACUUGUUUCUAAGGCUCUCAAUGGGCUAGGACCAGCCUACAUUACUGAUUCUUUAUUGUUUUAUGAUGCUUCACUGCCUCUUUGAUCCCCUGCUGCUGUUUUUUUUAGACACAAUCUAUCACAUAAAAAAGAUCAUCAGCAGCUUGGCCUUUAUUUAAUUAUGUACCAAAAUGAUGGAAUGCCCUCCCCUAGGCUAAAAAGAUGUGCUGUGAACAUUUUUAAACAAAAACUCAAAACUUAUUUAUUCAACAUUGCUUUUAACUAUCAUGCUUCCUUUGUUUUAUUCUGUAAUUCUGAUUUUUUUUUUUUAACAUAUUUUACUGUUUUAUGUCCUUUGUCUUACUUUUUUGUCUUCCUUUGUUUCUCCAUAUCUUACUGUUCUAUAUCAUAAUUUGUUUAAUCUUCUAUGUAUCUUAUUCACAUUUGUGUUUCAAUUGAUUGCUUGGUUUUAUCAUGUAGAAUUUACACUUGUUUUUAAUUGCCUGUUGAAUACUUGUUUUUUCACCUUAUUGUAAAGCACACCCACUGUAUGAAAGUGUUAUAUGUGGGUAAAGUAUUAUUAUUAUUAGAUCUGAUAAUUGACAGUGGAUGAACAGUCUGUACACCAAAUAAAAAUGCAGAUAAAUCAGA